UGCGUAGAUAUUACUUCAUUAUAUCCUGUUAUUUUCAUAUUGUAUGGAUAAAUUGCGCCAAAUAAAUGCGCUGUCUAAAAUAAAUGAUGACGAAGAUGAUUAGCAUUUUUGUUAUCAUUAUAAUCAUCAUCAUCAACUAUUAUUAUUAUUACGAUAAUAACAACCGUGUCAAAAAUUUCAAAAUAUUUCAUUACAAAAGAGAUGAAUCUAGCCGAUCCAGCAAUAAACGUUAUAUUUAUGGCUGUAAUGAAAUGUUUUUGAUAACGAGGUUUAAAAGUUUAUGUUUACCGAGUUUAUUUUUGAACACAUGUAAUACACUAUUACGUAUACUGACUGAUUUAUUUUUGUGUGAUUUUGUAAGCUAAGCAUUUGCUCGAUAAUGGCGGAAAAGGACUUAAAAAUGUUUCCGAAGGAAGAAAAAAAUGAUUCGGAAUCUUUCCUUACAUGUAAAGAAGCAAACAGUUCUGUUGUCAGCACAACCUGUGACGACCAAUCAGUUAUAUCACUAACAAGUACAGAUCAUAAUAUUGGGCAGUACUCUACCAAGGACGAGGUUUGCUCUAUUUGUAUAAAAACAGAACAAUUUCGAUCUGCAACACAUUUCUGCACAAAAUGUGAACCCCGUGGAAAAUAUCUUUGUGGUAGCUGUUUGAAAAAUCAUACUGAUUUUUUGAAGCGUCAUAGAGUGUUAUCGCUUUCUGUCGACAAGAAAAGUAAAUACAAAGAAAAAACAGAGAGACAAGUUGAAAACAAAAAGGAAGGGGCCGGUUCAGAAAACAUCAAACGCUGGCUGCUUGCUGAUGAUCCAUUGUAUUCCACAAUAGGAGAAAGUGAUAAAACAACAAUAAUCUCAGACACAUCGCAGACACUUGUUGAAAGUUCAGUGACAAGCAGAGCAACGGCGACUUCCGACUGCACAGAAAUAAUCGGAUCGGAUGGACAGUCCUUAACUAUAUCCAAUAUGCAUAUAUUUGAUAGAACAUCUAGUUAUGAUGAAUAUGGAUAUUCUGGGAUGACACCCGAGGACAGCGAUUUGCAGAAUAUUCUUCGUGAUAAGAAGUUUGCUUGGCAAGCCAGAAAUCUAAAUUCCAAACAACAUAAAGACGGCCGAAAGGAAAAUUGGACAUCCGGCUUUGAACAUGACGUUUCUGGUGCAAGGACCCAAAAAAGCGCUGUGACAUCUAGUUAUGAUGAAUAUGGAUAUUCUGGGAUGAGACCCGAGGACAGCGAUUUGACAUACGGUUAUGAGCAUGAAUAUUUUGGUGCGAGAUCCGAGGACAUCAAUAUGUAUGAACGCAUUGAUAAUGUGCCACAAGACAUGGGACUCAGGCAAAAUGUUAUUCUUCGCAAGCAGAGACUUCAGCCAGCCAGAAGCAUGCAAAACAUUAAUGCAAAGCAAACUGAAGACAACCCAAAUGAAUUGUAUGAACGCAUUGCUAAUGUGCCAAAAAACAUGGAACUCAGGCAAAACGUUAUUCUUCGCAAGCAGGGACUUCAGCCAGCCAGAAGCAUGCAAAACAUUAAUGCACAGCAAAAUGAAGACAACCCCAAUGAAUUGGAUUUCGAUGAUUAUGAAGUUUGUGGUUGGAGAGGCGACAGACACUAUUUGCAAAAUGUUAUUCUUCGCAAGGAGGGACUUCAGCCAGCCAGAAGCAUGCAAAACAUUAAUGCAAAGCAAAAUGAAAACACCCCCAAUGAAUUGGAAGUCGAUGAUUAUGAAGUUUGUGGUUGGAGAGACGACAGACACUAUUUAAACAAACGUGAAAGAAUAAGGCCCGAUGUGAGCUACACGGAUUUGAUGUAUGACGUAGAAAAAAAGGCAUACAACCAAAGAGAUCGAAGUUAUUCAUGUUUGAAUCAUGGAAACAAACGUGAAAGAAUAAGGCCCGAUGUGAGCUACACGGAUUUGAUGUAUGACGAAGAAAAAAAGGCAUACAACCAAAGAGAUCGAAGUGAUCCAUCUUUGAAUCAUGGUGAUGGAGUUUCAAGUUUUAAAGACAAAAAAGAGAAAAAGUGCAUAGUCAUGUAGUCGUUGGUAAUAUUUUCAUCUAUAUUCAAAAGACGACUAAUGAAAAGUCCAAACAAGUACAAGAGGAAUAAAGUUUCGUCAAAAAGCAUCUUAUAAAAUAAGCAAAAACAUAUUUGCACAGCUGUUGCUGCUGAAGCUGUGUACGAACUUUUGGAGUGUUUUCAUAUAUACUGUAUGUAUAGUACAGUGUUUAACAUUACUGACAGAUAUCCAUAUUUACAGUUAUUUUUUUAUAAUUGUAUAGUUAGGAAAUCAAUAUUAAUGUUGAGUGUAGAAUAACGCACGGUUCGAGUUAAAAUAUACAGGAAUAUAAUCACGGUCGAAAGGCUUAAGUGAUUAAUAAAAAAGUAUUUGAAUGAUAAACCGUGCAUUAUGAUACUACAACGCAAUAAAAAUUAAUACUAUUUCCAUUUAAACAUGCUUAUUAAAAAAGAAUUGAUGAAAGAUAUGCUAAACAACAUUAAGCGUAAGAGUAUUUUUAUCGACGUCACUUGGUUUAUUAACUUCACGCCUGACGUCAUACGACAUGUAAGCAUUCAGUUUAUUUUGCCCUGCAUAAAUCGUGUUAUAUUGCACUCGACAUUAAUUUCUAUCUGUUUGAAUUGUGCCGCGUGUUAGAAUGAAAAUAAUAUCAUUUGAUAAAGUAUAGUAUAAGGAUUGAAUGUGGAAAAAAAAGAAAAGUAAGUAUUUUACCUACACUCAUGAAACUUUACAAAAAAGUUAAUCAGCAUGUGUAGUAAUUCACCUGCGUAUUUUCAUGGGGAUUUCUUCAGUAUUUGUAGAGUUAUUGUCCUUGACUUUGAAAAAUUUGCAAUUUUCAACUUGUGUCGCAUGUAGGUCAAAAAGUAUUUGACCAAGAGUGAUGAAACUUUACUGGAAUGUUGUUCAGCAUGUGCUGUUGUGUACCUUUGGUUUCGCUUGUGGAUUUAUUUUGUUUGUCAGAGUUAUUGCCCUUAACUUGGUAAACUUUUGCGAUUUUAAAUUUAUGUCGUACGUAGCUCAAAAAGCAUUAAACUAAAUAGGAAUGUUGAUCAGCAUGUGUACUUAUGCACCUGGGGUUUCACUUGUGAUUUAUCUAGUAUUUCUAGAGUUAUUGACUUUGAAUUAGUAAACAUCUGCAUUUUUCAACCUUGGGCGUGUUUAGCUAAAAAAAAGUAUAAGACUUUAAGUCAUGACACUUUACAGAAUUGUUGAUAGGCAGUAGUUGUAUCUUGUGCAGUUGUCUACCUGGGGGGUUGAUUGUUGAUUUAUUCAGUAUUUCAAGAGUAAUUGCCCUUGACUUAGUAAAAACCGUUCCAUUAUGUUUAGCUACUCGUAUGUGUUCCUUGAGUGUUAGAGUUAGAAUCAACCAACUGAACUGGGAUGAACAUCACUGUGAAGCUGUGCUCCUGGGGUUUUGCAUGUGGAUCAUUUCAGUUUUGUUACAGUUGCCCUUGACUUAGUAUAAAUUUGCAAUUUUCAACGUGUUAACGCAUAGCUCAAAAAUCAUUUGACCUGUAGGCCUGAAAGUUUACAAGAAUGUUGGUCAGCAUGUUUACUUAUGCACCUUGUGGUUUGCUUGUGGAUUUAUUCAGUAUUUGUAAGGUUCUUGUCCUUGACUUAGUAAAUUAAUUUUACUUUUCAAUUUGUGUCUCGUGUAGCCCAAACAGUAUUUAACCUAGAGUCAUAAGAUUGCCAAAACAGCGGAGUAUGUGGCCACCCGUGUCCAAUGAACACAUUUCUAGUUAUAUCUAUGUUUUUCUUUGACCUCUUUUGUUAAAUAUUUUAACAUGUUUAUAAAACCUCAUCAUUUUAUUAUAAUAUUAUACCUUUAUAUAAUCUUUACAUAAUUUCUGUUGUAAUCAGUUUGAUUUGACAUAGUUUGCAUGUGUUGACAAAAUAAAUAUUUAAACCUUCUCAAAUUAAUAAUGUAGAUCUAGACUCGUUACUUAUUUUUUCCAUAAGAUUUCAUUUUGUAGAUUUUAAAAUGUUAAGAUGAAGAGGGGUGAUGAUGUUGAUAUCUAUAAGAUAUAGGUUUAAUAUGUUUUCGCCGUCAUAUCAGUCUUUUUUAAAUUUUUAGAUAUUCCUUGCUGUUUGUUAAAUUUUCCAUUUUCUGGUAUAUGUUUGAUUUGAUGUCUUAAUAACGUCAUUAUAACUGAAUAUGUUAUUGUAGCGUAUUUCCACCCAGCGGUUAAUUUUUAUACAUUGACACCUUAGAUUAAAUAUAUGAAAUAUACCUGUAUCUCAGGGUAUGAAGAUAUUUUAAGCAUGUUUUUAGAUACUAAGCUGAUUAUUUGUUUAUAAUAAAAUGUAUAUAUAUAAUUUUCCUUACGGUAUUUGGCUUUUUAAUUUUAUUUUUUAGGACAAUAAUCAAGCUUUUAAACAAAUAACCAA